GUGAAAGCGUGGCCAUCAAAACCAUCGAGCUUAGAACAUAUGAAAAGCAAAGUUCAGACGAACUCAAGUGACAACAAUUGCAUUUUAAAUUAUUCACCACAGUUGUAAAAAUCAGGACCCGGUGUCUGUAGCAUCAGUGAGAAUUAGUGGAUAUGUGCGUGUGAAUUCGCAAACACGAGCGCCGAGUGUGUCAGAUUGUGUUUGUGCGAGGGGGGUCAAUGCAGUCAAUUAGAAAGUGAAGUCUUUGCUCUUCCUCACAUUAGCUGGAUUAAUGAAGGGAGUUUGGUAGCCUGUAUUCUUUGGGCCUGUACGUAUUUGUUUAAAAGUCCUUUAGCAGUUCAUAAAGACAUGUUUCCUCCGCUUGUCCCCUUCCUGUUGGGACUCUAUCAAGGCUCUGCUAACUCUCUUUGAUUCCGCACAUCGACCAAUCGGAUCAUGGCAUUGACUCAUCACUGAGUCACUUCAAAGGCAGGGAAUGGGGGUUCAAGCCCCGCCCACAUCCAGAACCCACUUAAAGGUGUGGGACGCCGCCUCUGCAUCUGUACAGACAGACACAACUUCAUCCUUGGACUUAACAAACAUUGGAUUUAACUCAAGCCCUUUAAGUUCUUAUGGAGAACUUGUGUUUUAACUGAAACGUCUAGGUGUUGCUCAUUCUUGUUCUUCUGGAGGAGAAGCCUACAUAAUGCAGGCUAUCAGAGACCUCAAGCAUAAUUUCAGCCUCCCUCCUCCGCCUUCCAUGGCUGGAGCCGGCGAUUCCUACCACCAAGGCAACAUCCGGAUGACCAUAGAGGAUCCGGAUCUGUGGAGAUCCUUCCAUGAGAUCGGCACCGAGAUGAUCAUCACCAAACCUGGCAGGAGGAUGUUUCCACACUGCAAAAUCAGCUUGUCUGGAUUGGUGCCGUAUGCAAAGUACAUCUUACUGGUGGACAUGGUGCCUGAAGAUGGUCUCAGAUAUAAGUGGAACAAGGACAAGUGGGAAGUGGCGGGGAAAGCUGAGCCUCAGCCGCCCUAUAGGACGUACCUACACCCGGAUUCGCCAGCGCCCGGAAGCCACUGGAUGAAACAGUCCGUGUCUUUCCUCAAACUCAAGCUCACCAACAACGCCCUGGACCAGCAUGGACAUAUUAUACUUCACUCCAUGCACCGCUACCACCCGCGUUUCCACAUCGUCCAGGCUGAUGAUUUGUACAGUGUACGCUGGAGCGUCUUCCAGACCUUCACCUUCCCCGAGACCACCUUCACUGCGGUCACAGCGUACCAGAACACAAAGAUUACAAAGCUGAAAAUCGACCACAAUCCAUUUGCCAAAGGAUUCAGAGAUGAGGGUACAAAUUCUAAAAGACGGGCAAACAGAAGUCUGGCUGAUCCUGAGAGAGUUGCAAAGAAAAUGUCAAAAGACUCUGAACAUGGAAGCCCACGAGAUAUCCAACAGUCCUCGUGUGAAGGUCUGGAUGAUGAACACGUGUCCCGCAAGGAGUCGGAGGUGAAGGUGGAGCGGUACUCCCCAUGGGGAAGUUCGUGCGACCGGGACAACAGCCACGCUCUCCGCGCAGAGUCCCCGCUGGGCUCGGACCCUCGGGACAUGUACAGCUCUGAACAGCUCGUACCCGGACAGAGCACGUACCAGCCGUACAGAUUUCAUGAAUAUGGCAAGUCCCCCUCGCCGUCGUCCUCCAGUGCUGGCAGCGCGAGUGUAUGUGGGAGCGCCGGCCGCUCCAGCCUCGAAUCCCGUGUGCCGGAUGUUGCCACCGUGCCUGAUCACGAAUCCUCCAGCAAACCCUCCGCCCCGGAGUUCGGUCUUCCCCCCACCUGCCCCCCACAUCCCUCGGCGGGACACCAGGACUACACAGGGGUCCUGAACAUGGCCAUAGCCCAGACCAAGCCUGGUAUACUGGGCCACCAUCCUCUCUACACCCCCUACAGCACAGAACAGUGGAGCGGGGCAGCGUCCGCUCAAUACCCCCCGCCACCACCCCCCCAUCACCACCUACCCAGCGAAUACAGCACCCAGGCCGUCCAUCACGGGUACCACCAUGGAAAUGUAGGGGACUGGAGCCAAUACCCAUUGUUCUCCUACUCGUGCUGGUGAACUUUCUAAAGG